AUGGCUCCCGAUGCGGCUUCUCGCCGAGAUGAAGAUGAGGUCUGCCCCGUCUGCAAAUCGUCGCGGUACCUCAACCCGGACAUGCGCUUCCUCAUCAACCCGGAAUGCUACCACAAGAUGUGCGAGUCAUGCGUAGACCGCAUAUUCUCAUCCGGUCCCGCAAACUGCCCGGUAGCUGGCUGCCGCAAAACGUUGCGCAAGAACCGGUUCCGCAAACAAACAUUCGAAGACAUCGGGGUGGAGAGAGAAGUAGAUAUUCGGCGGCGCGUGAUGCACAUGCAAUAUAGUCAAAUUAACAGGAUUACCUCAAUCAGACUGAACCGCCGCGAAGAAGAAUUCGACUCAAAACGCGCAUACGACGACUUCCUCGAACAAAGGGAAGACAUCAUCGGAAACCUAGUCAGCCGGAUCGACGUCGCCAAAACGGAAGCCCAGCUGCACAAAUAUGCCACCGAAAACAUGCAGUCAAUCCGCGCGAACCAAGCCAUCGAAGCCGAAGAAGCAUCCUCCUUCCAAGCCCGCAUAUCCCUCGAACAAGAAGAAGCCCGACUCCGCCGCCAAGCAGCCCGCGAAGAAUACGAGACCGAGCGCCGCGAAAUCCAAGCCGGCCGCGAAGACUUCCUCUCCAAGCUCGCCUCCGGCUCCUCAACAGACGCCGCUGCCAUCGCACGCGAAGGACACAAGGUCCUGCUCAAAAAAUCGUCCGCACGUCGCAGCGAGGAAGAACGCAUCCGACAGAAACAGGCUGCUUUGCGCAGUUCGGAGCUCAAGCGGGGCUCGAAUCUGUCUACGGCGGACUUUGCUGGUGCGGAUACGGGGCUUGUCAAGGGUCUGCGCAAGAUCAAGACGCCAGAGCCGGAGAAGCCGUACGAUCCGUUUAUGGGGUAUGUGCCCGACAAGCGCGAUUAUUAUACUCUCCAGUCAUAUUAUCCGUCGCAGUAUCUUGAUCCUAUUCGCAAUGAUGCGCGCAUGCUGGCUGGUGGUUACAAUCUGCAGGAUUACUACUCUCGCACUCUGCUCGAGGCUUUUGCUGGGUUGAGCUGCUUCAUUGGGGAGGAAGUCUCUCAGCGAGAUGCUGCUCGUGUGACAAAGCCGGCGGCUACAGAGGGUACGGCUUUGGCUGCGGAGAGUGGGCAGGGAGUUUAA